AGUGCGCACGCGCACUGACCCCGCCGGGCCCUAGCAACCAGAGCAGUGACAGUAGCAACGGCCGGAAUGGCAAAAGCAACAACAAUCAAAGAAGCCCUAGCCAGAUGGGAAGAGAAAACCAGUCAGAAGCCAUCCGAAGCCAAAGAGAUAAAGCUUUAUGCCCAGAUUCCCCCUAUAGAGAAGAUGGAUGCAUCCUUGUCCACACUCGCUAAUUGCGAGAAGCUUUCACUGUCUACAAACUGCAUUGAAAAAAUUGCCAACCUGAAUGGCUUAAAAAACUUGAGGAUAUUGUCUUUAGGAAGAAACAACAUAAAGAACUUAAAUGGACUGGAAGCAGUAGGGGACACGUUAGAGGAACUGUGGAUCUCCUACAAUUUUAUUGAGAAGUUGAAAGGGAUCCAUGUAAUGAAGAAAUUGAAGAUUCUCUACAUGUCUAAUAACCUGGUGAAAGACUGGGCUGAAUUUGUGAAGCUGGCAGAACUGCCAUGCCUGGAAGACCUGGUGUUUGUAGGCAAUCCCUUGGAAGAGAAACAUUCUGCUGAGGGGAACUGGAUUGAAGAGGCGACCAAGAGAGUGCCCAAACUGAAAAAGCUGGAUGGUACCCCAGUAAUUAAAGAGGAUGAGGAAGAAGAUAACUAACACCAUGUUUUCUGCUUUGUGUUAACUUAUUUAAAUGUCAUAAGAGUGAUAGAUAAGUUUUGUAUAAUUGUAUAUUUUAAAGAUUCUGUGUGGGCGGAACAUUCUUAAGGUAAAAAAAAUCUCUCAUUUUUUUCCUUAACCUAUUCAGUGUUUCUCCCCCAAAAUGGUAACACCAACUUUGUAUAUUCUAGUCCUCUUUUUACAAACUACAAACUUUUGAUUUUUGUCUUCAGUCCCAGUUAUGUGCUUCGUGACCCCACCUACUGAAACCUUUAUAGACCAGUCAUUUUUAACAACAAAGGAACAAAUGUGGUUCUUUAUUCAGUUUGUUUAGUUUUUUUUUCAGGCCAGGCAUUUAAAUGCAUGUACUUAACCUUUGAAUCUGUAGACCGUCUUUCCUGAAGGUCCAUCUCCUUAUGACUCAGAAGCACAAAUGUGUCAUGCCUUUGGUUCAGAACGCAGCAUGGUGAUGGGAAGAGUUCCUCUUAAAAAUACAGCAGCAGCCCUCGAACCAAGACUCCAAAGUCCACUUGGAAAAGUUAUGGUGAAAAAAGGAAAAAUUAGUAUCUUGGAGGCCUUAUAGCCCAUGUUAUAUUUACUUAUUUGUUUUUCCAAAAGUAUGCGCGUUGUCAACUGGACUUUAGGUUGUGUUUACAUGCAUGGCCAGUCGAGUCACUGUGCACAGUCCAGUCAGUCAUUCUGUGAUUCAAAUCAGUGGUUAAAAUAACUGUCAUGAUCAUUCCUUUGACCAGUAUUGUGGCCAUGUUACUCAUGUGGACCUGAUCUUAGGCACACUUUUAGGUUUAUAGUUCCUUAUAUGUUAUAUAAGGAAAUAUGUAUAAGCAGUAGUUAUAUUUGAAUUCCUAGCCUAAAUGUUGGCCGUUCAUAUAAGUCAAAAUUUGCCCUAAUAACUUUGGUCUGUUGACCAUGAUGUUGGGAGAAGUGAUUGUUAUAAGGGUAUAGAUCUUAAAGACUGGAUUUGAUACCUUUCAAUAAAUGAAAUUUAGUAUUUCAAAAUAUAUUUUUAGAAAAGUUUUAAGUUAAACAGCUCUUAAAAUGAAUUAUGUAAGUGAUUGUGAAGGGAAAAGAGAAGAGAUGUUUCAUUAUGGGAUCCUAGACAAAUGGCAGUCUUUUUGAGGAUUGCCUCCUCUGUAAAGCAUUGUAGGUGAUUUAGCCUCAAAAUUGCAAAGCAAUAGUUGGAUGCAGAGUUUAGAAUUUAUUGUGUAAGAAAAAAAAUUCUUUUUGGAAAGUGCAAGCUAUGGCAGUCAGUAAGCAGAUGAAGGCCAUAGCAGGCUGUGACCGAAUCACUGAUAGAUUACAGGAAAGAAGUCAGAGGCCCUCUGCCAAUAUGUGCCUAAAGUCCCUCAACCAGAGACUGUUGAUUCGUAUUUCCCCAUUUACGUGUGUAAAAUCAGUCAAAGAGGGGAGUCAUUUUAAAAAAGUGAUUGCGUAAGUAGUCUUGGCUUUCAGAAGUUUUCAGCUAUCAUUUAAGUAGGAAUUACAUGAUUUCUCUGGGUCACUCUGAUCAAAAGGGAUCACUGCUUCGACAAUCAAUUCUAAAUACAAACAACAAGAGGGAAAAUUAGUCUAACACUUUUUUAGCUUCCUUUCAGCUCUUUCUUACAGUCUGAUAGAAAGAAAUCUUUACUCUGACUGGCUUAUACAUUCAAAGCCUCUGGGUAUUUGUUUUGUGAACCAGGGGCAAUGAGCAUUCCCCUUGGUGAUGUUGAAGGCCCGUUAGCUAAGAGGGAAGACGAUCUUUACUUGUAGUUUGCACUUCAUCUAGUAGGCAUCUAAGCCAUAUUGCUAUGUAUGGAUAUAUUUUCUAAAAGUUAUUCUGGAAGUGAAUAUAGUAAUAGGGAAUGGAUGAUUUCAUAUUGAAUUUAUUUGUAAAAUGGCUUACAGUGUUGGUGUUUGGUUUUCCUGAAUUCUGUAAUAUAGAAACUAAUUUUCUCUUUCUCCUUAUUGCUUAAUGUCUUUUAAUCACUGGUAGUUCUCAGAGAAAUGUGAGAAGCUUUUCUGUGUCCAUUUCACACAAAAUUCAUAUUCAUUUCCACUCAGCAAAUAUUUGAAUGAUUUCUGUGCUUCCUUUUCGUGGAAUUAAAGCCAGAAUCCAUGCCAUUAGAAAAUGGAAGAUAGGGUGUAUGAAGAAGUUCAAAAUAUUGUCUUAAAAUAAUUCCUUAAAUCAUCCUUUACUGCUGCAAAUAUAGCUGAUAUUAAAUGCCUUUGGUUUAUGCUUCUUGGAUUAGAUAUUUGACCUACUUGGAAUGGAUUCUCUCUGUGCUCCUGGUUUAAAGUAUUAUGCCAUUUUAAUGGAUUGUUUAAAUUUCUUCUAUUCUUAUAAUGAUGGUAGAGCUCUGGAGUCAGUCCAGUAUUUUAAUUUUUGACAGAAAAUUUUAUUUCAGUUGACCAAGGAAUCCAGCUUUUCUAUGUUCCCUAACUCUAAGCUUAUGGCUGUGUUACCUGGUCAGGCCUGGAAAGGUUUUUUUGUUCCCUGUUAAUAGGAGUUUGUUCCUUUAAACCAGAAUUUCUCAGCCUUGGCACUAUUAACAUUUUGGGCUGGACAAUGUUGUGGGGGGCUGUCCUGUGUAUUAAUAGGAUGUUUAGCAGCAUCUCUGGCUUCUACUCACUAGAUGCCAGUAGAACCCCCUUCCCAGUUGUGACAACCAAAAAUGUCUUCAGACAUUACCAUCUGUCCUGUGGGGCAGAGGAGUGGGAACAAAUUUGCCCAUGGUUAAGAACCAGUGCUUUAUACCAAGAUUCCUUUUCUCCGGGGUCUAUUUACUCUCACUCUGUAGCCAUAUGCCACCUGAGUUGUAUGAGAGAAGGUGAUGUAUUUAAUAAUCAUGGAUGGAAGGAAAUGGUCACUGGUGUUUCCCUUUUUUGUAGUGUUCAUUUUAAUAAUUUUCACAUAGCAUUAGAAACUCAGGGCUGGAAGGUUCAACUGAUUUUAUUCUCAACUUUUAUUUCUUAGCAUUCUUGCUUAUCUUAGGACAGUGAUUAUUAACCUACCUCUCUCUUACUAUCAACAGAAUCUAACUUUAUGAUAGAUUUUGCUUUGUCUCUAAAGUUUAACAUUUUGAGUGUACUUUGGAAAAUGGAUCAUCAUUCUUCAAGUGUUCAUUCAUUGUCCAAUAAUACAUAGAAUUUUGCAGACUGUAGCAGUCAUUAAAUACAGAAAAAAUACUGUAUAAAAUUUGGUCAUUAUAUAUGAAAGUUAGCUGGUAUAGACACCAAUUUUGGACGUGAUUAGAAGUAUGUCUGCUCAUGAUAACUGCUCAAUAAUUUGAUAUGGUUGGUGGAUCCAUUCCACAAAUAGAGGUGGUAUAAGACGCUUAAAUGUGGUUCCUGUGUGGAAAGAGAAAUUUUGACUUGAAUAGGUACUUCUUCUAAUACCUUUUACCAGUGGUCUGAAGUAGAAUAAGGAAGAAUAAGAAAUAUAUCUUAACUGUUGAAUUAUUCUCAGAAUUGGUGAUCUGUAAGUAGAGCUGAAGGUAGGAAUCUUUGUGACCCAGAAUCUUCAACUUGGGUUUUUCUUAGGACUAAAUGGAAAAAUGUAGUGCCUAGAAAGGUUGGCUUUAAUCAUUAACUUAAAAAAAUUAGGAGGAAAUGUCAAAAGCAUCAAUCAUGAGUAGUUAGUGUCUCUAACUGCAGUCUGACUGUCAUUUCACAAAGCCCUUACAUCAGAAGUGUUGGUAAAGGGAGAGGACUAACUGCUGAACUGAAAGUUAUCCUUUACCAGAAACUAAUUCCUUUGGCACACAUUGUCUUUAUUUGGGCUGCUUAAUGUGUCUGUAAAUAAUUAAAUAUAAAACAAGAUUCAGUGUAGCAGAGUUGGUACUUCUGACACUGCUAACUUGAGCAUGUUCCUUUAUCUUCACUCUAGCAUGAGAUGUUUUUUUAAACCAUAAAAUAGGUGCAAUAAAAAAAUUAAGGAUAUGUUUUAAAAAAUAAAUCACUAAACUUUUAGAAACCCCUCAUCUAUAUCUCUAUUUCUGCCGUUUUAUAAACCAGUGACUGCAAAGGAAGAAAACUGAAAGGAAAAACUAGACUGAGUCUUACCUUUACCUGACCUAAGGUAAAUUUUCACUUGACACUUGUGGAAGUUAUAACUGGAUUCUAGUUCAUUUCCCAUAUUGGCAGAUUAGAGGGGAACCAGCCAACCAAAUUGUGAUCUAACAAAUUUAACAAGGGGGUGGGGGAGAGUAAACUAUUUUUCAGUAGAUUUGCACUUUAAAAUUAUGAACUGGAUGUUGGUGGAAAGUAUCCAAAAGGGCAGAUGGAUAAAUACCUAGCCUGCAUGUGGAUAUUAGAGAAUCAAACCUCAUCCUUGUUUGUUCUAAGCCCACCUGAGCAGUAGUUGUCUGUUGACAUAAUCAGAGUCAGGAUUUCCCUAUUUCCUACUUGGUGUCAUCUUCCAUGUCUGCUGUAUUGACAGGCAUGCCUCUGAGGGAUGUGUCAAGUUGAAUUCUACUUGGAAUAGAAACUUUGUGAGUUAUCUUUCCCACAUCUAGAUUUUUUAAAUUAAUUUAGAUGUUGGCUAAAUUAAGUUGUAGCUAAUGUUAUGAGGGUGGGAAGUUCUUUGCUUCUUUAACUAGCAGGGUACCUGCCUCUGAGGUGCUAUUGCCUAGAGGGAUCAAUCCCAUCAAAAGACUGGUGAGUUGGUAGCUGUGGAGAAUAUACCUAUAGCCAGCUACUUCUCCCAGGUUGUCAGGCAUGAUCACAAGCAUCAUUCCAGAAUCCUUGGCUUCUAGAACUAACUCCAUUCUGAAGAACAUUUUAACAUCUAUUAAUACUUUGGUAAUAAUCUUUUAUAUGCAGGAAUUUUGUAGCAUGACUUUAUGACUAAACUUGUGUUAAAUUAUUUAGAAAUGUUGAGUUUCUGAAUGUUAUUUUGUGAGACUUGUUUUCAAAUAGUAAUAAAUUGUGUUAUUUUA